AUGAAAGUCAUUUGCGCAGGACUUUCAAGAACAGGAACUACAUCCAUGGCAAGGGCUUUAGAGAUACUGGGUUUUAAAGUCUACGAUUACAAAGACCAUGCCGAGUUCCAUGGCCAAGAAUGGCUUGCUAUCUACUUGAAAGGCAAAAACCCUGAUUUUGCCUCCAUGUAUAAAGAUGUUGAUGCAGUAACCGACCUUCCACCAGCCUUUUGGUUUCAAGAAAUGUCAGAAUCUUUCCCGGACGCAAAGGUGAUUCUGACUGUUCGAGACAGCGAGGAAGUCUGGCUGAAAAGCUACACGAAAUUAAACGAUACGUUGAGAAAUUUAAACGGGAGCGGAUUCUUUACUAAGCUGUUUAUCAAGAGAUGGUCUCGACACUCCAUGUAUUACACGCUGGCCGAUGUUGUGGAUAUUGCAGCGAUGGGUAGCUUAAAAACAGAGUCUGCCCCUUUGUUUAGGAAAAAAUAUCGGGAGCACAAUGAACGAGUUCAGGCCGUCAUUCCAAAGGAGCGACUUUUGGUGUACAACCUGAAACAAGGCUGGGAACCUUUGUGUAAGUUUCUUGGAUGUGAAAUUCCACGGGAAGACUUUCCUUGGGUGAAUGCAGGACAAAGCCUUCUCUUGGCUCAACUGGCGAAACGAAGACAAGAAUUUGCAAUUAAAUUCUUGUUUAUAGUUAUUAGUUUGUUUGUUAUUCUGCUUGCGGUCUGCUAUAAUAUAUACUUUUGA